AGUUCACAUGACCUUUGUUUGAUCAACUGUACUCAGUACGUCUAAUGCUUCAUGCCAUUGUCAUUGAAUUAGAUUACCAGAAGAAGUAUAGAGAACAUAUACAAGAAGAAUACCAAAUAAUAGAAGACAGGAAUGCUCGCCUGGGUGAAUAUGUAAGUCUAAACAACAGAUACACAAAACUGCUUAUUGUAAAGGAACAUCGGCAGCGGGAGGAGAAAGAACAUGAAAUAAUCACCAGAGGAAGGAGACAUGCAGAGUUGAUGGCUCAACAAACCAGUCACACUAAGAUUAGUGUUUUAUUUGACCCUGAUAGAAAUCAGGAAAUCCCAAGAACUGUUGUGCUGCAGGGAGCUGCUGGAAUUGGGAAAACAAUGACAGCAAGAAAGAUCAUGUUGGACUGGGCAGCUGGGAAACUCUAUCAGAAAAAGUUUGAUUAUGUUUUCUAUAUAAAUUGCAGAGAAAUAAACCGUGUUACUGCAGAACAAAGUGUUGCUGAUUUGCUUUUAAACAAUUUUCCUGAUGGAGUAAGACCAAUUAAAGAAAUCUUUAAGAAGCCAGAAAAACUCCUGUUUGUAAUAGAUGGUUUUGAUGAAUUGAGUUCCUUGCUAGAUAUUGAUGAAGUUAGUCUGUGCACUGACCCAUUUGAGAAGAAGACAGUGAAAACCAUCCUGUGCAGUUUACUGAGAAAGAAAGUUCUUCAAAAAUCCUUCCUACUAAUCACUACAAGACCAACUGCUCUGGAGAAACUAAAGCAGAAUUUGAGGUUUCCAUGUUAUGCAGAAAUAAUGGGAUUUUCUGGAGAAGACAGGAAAGAAUAUUUUCAUAAAUUCUUUUGUGAUGAAAAGAAAGCAACACAAGCCUUUAAUUUUGUCAAAGAAAAUGAAAUGCUCUUCACCAUGUGCUUUGUCCCCAUUGUGUGUUGGAUCAUCUGCACGGUUAUGAAGCAACAGAUGGAAAGAGGGGAAGAUCUUGCACAAACUUCAAAAACAACCACCUCGGUAUAUUUGCUCUUUCUGACCAAUUUACUAACUGGUCAUCUCACUGGCUCAAUACAAGAAUCUAAAACUAACCUGUGGAAGCUUUGCUCAUUGGCUGCAGAUGGAAUUUUAAAACAGAAAAUACUGUUUGAAGAAGGUGACCUGAAGGAACACAAUUUAUCCUUGUCUAACAUUCAGUCUCUCUUUCUGAUUAAAAGUAUUUUUCAAAAAGAUACUGAAUGUGAGAGUGUCUACAGCUUCAUUCACUUGACCUUCCAAGAGUUUUUUGCAGCUCUGUUCUAUGUGCUAGAGGAAGAUGAAGAGACAAUGAAAAAAUCAUUGACUUUUAAGAAAGAUGUGAACCACUUGCUAAAAACUUAUAGAACAUCUAAAAAUAAUUAUUUGAUGUUAACAGUACGUUUCUUGUUUGGUCUCUUAAAUAAAGAGAGACGAAAUGACAUAGAGAAAAUGUUAAAUUUUAAAACAACCUCUGAAAUAAAGCUGGAUUUAUUGAAGUGGUUUGAAGCAGAAGCUAAAAACAUCUCCUCUCUGCCCUAUAAGACCUAUGAGGAACUGUGUGACCAGCUUGAGUUGUUUCACUGUUUGUAUGAGAAUCAGGAAGAAGAGUUUGCGAAAAGCGCAAUGGAUAAUUUCCAAGAAAUUAGACUGGAACACAUCAGGCUUACAACAAUGGAUGAAAUUGCUCUUUCAUUCUGUGUAAGGAAUUGUUGUAGUAAGCAGUCACUUUACCUAUGUAAUUGUACGCUUGGGAUUGGAGAACAAGAAGAGGGAUGGAGAGCAAAGCUACGGAAACGAUUAUUUCCUCUGUAUUACCAGAAAGAAGGAAGUGUCACUGCACUAAGUGAAGUGAAUACUGACCUCUUUAUGGAAGGAGAUGGUUAUUGUUCUCUCUGUUCACUUUGCAGGUUGUGGCAGUGCAGCCUCACAGCUGCUUGCUGUGGGGAUCUCUCUGCUGCCCUCAGUACAAACCAGUCCCUGACUGAGCUGGAGCUGAGUGGGAAUAAACUGGGAGAUUCAGGAAUUAAACUUCUGUGUGAAGGACUGAAACAUCCCAGCUGUAAACUGCAGAAAUUAGUGAUUUGGGAUUGCCAUCUGACUGAUGCUUGCUGUGGAGAUCUCUCCUCUCUGCUCAGCACAAACCAGUCCCUGAGAGUGCUGAACCUGAGCAGUAAUAACCUGAGUUAUUCAGGAGUGAAGCUUCUGUGUGAAGGACUGAAACAUCCAAACUGCAAGUUAGAGAAGCUCGAGUAA